UUUUACAUUCAAACUGAACAAAGUUCUUACUAUCAUUUUAAAAAGAAUUUAUUUAUAGAACACAUACAUAUUUAAAGGAAUUAUUUCAAGAGCUAAAUCCAUACCAGAACAAUGUUCCGGAAUCAGUAUGAUAGCGACACGACGGUGUGGAGUCCACAAGGUCGCCUCUUCCAGGUGGAGUACGCCAUGGAGGCGGUGAAACAGGGAGCUGCAACCGUGGGACUAAAGAGCUCCGAUUACGCUGUGCUCAUUGCUCUUUGCCGAUCAUCGAAGGACACAAACACUCUCCAAAGGAAGAUAAUGCCGGUGGAUUCGCACGUGGGCAUGUCGAUAGCUGGUUUAACCGCAGAUGCUCGUCAGGUUUGCCAGUACAUAAGAACCGAGUGCAUGUCCUACCGGCAUUCCUACGAUUCCGAGUAUCCAAUUCGCAGAUUGGUGGCCAAUCUGGGAAAUAAACUACAAGCCACCACUCAGCGCUACGAUCGUCGUCCUUAUGGCGUUGGCAUGUUGGUGGCGGGAUACGAUGAGCAGGGUCCUCAUAUUUACCAGGUGAUGCCCACCGCCAAUGUCCUCAAUUGCAAGGCGAUGGCUAUUGGAUCUCGUUCUCAGAGUGCUCGAACCUAUUUGGAGCGGCACAUGGAGAGCUUCGAGAGCUCCAGCAAGGACGAACUCAUUUGCCAUGGAAUUCAGGCCAUUCGAGGUGCUUUAGGCCACGAAGAUAGCUCCACUCUGACUAUUAAUGUAGCCAUCGUGGGCAAGGAUGUGCCCUUCACAACAUUCACGGAUAAUCAGAACAGGGUUUACCUCAACAUGGCCAAGGUUCAGGGUGAUCCUUUGUCAGGAGAAGAAGAUAUUUUCUCCGAUGAGGGAAUGAGCGAUGAUGACCUGAUGGACCAGGGACCAAGUGGCAGUGGAAUGCCGGCCGAGGAUGCAGCUGAUGUGAAUUCUAGUCCCUCCACUGGUGGCAUUUGAAAUCUAUUCCAGUAGAAGCAGGAGCUCUCGCAAAGUAAACUAAAUUUGUUGUUUUUUGUUUUUAAUGUUAUUAAAGUUUUAUGAAAUAUAAAAACACGAGGUAUUAAUUACUAAGAUAUACGAGAAGAACCACAAUUUUUAAUUUAAUUUAACACAGGCAG